AUGGCAGGAGAAGUGCGACAGCCCAUUGACAUUCCGUCACUGGAGCGGUAUAUUGACCAGAACGUGCCAGCUCUGAAGACCCCAUUAGAUGUGAAGCAGUUCGGAUUCGGCCAAUCCAACCCAACCUACCAGCUGACCACCGCCGACGGCAAGAAGUUUGUCCUGCGGAAGAAGCCCCCCGGCAAGCUGCUCUCCAAGACAGCCCACAAAGUCGAGCGCGAGUAUAAGAUUAUCCGAAGCUUGGGCGAUACCGAUGUACCCGUUCCCGAUGCGCUCUGCCUUUGCGAAGACAACGAUGUGAUUGGCACCCCAUUCUACAUCAUGUCGUUCCUGGACGGUCGACACUUCACCGACCCAGCGAUGCCGGGGGUUAGCGGCGAGGAGCGAAAAGCACUAUGGAAAUCCGCCAUUCAAACGCUAGCCAAAUUCCACCGAGUUGUGCCCAAGUCAAUUGGUCUCGAGAAAUUCGGCAAGCCAUCAGGCUUUUAUGACCGACAAAUCGCAACCUUCACAACAAUCUCACGGGCUCAGGCCCAAGUCCUCGACGUGGAUAGCAAGGAACCGGUCGGAGAACUGCCACACUUCGAAGACAUGGUGCGCUUCUUCUCGCAAAAGUCGUCCCAACCGCGGGAUCGGGGCACCCUAGUCCACGGCGACUACAAGAUCGACAAUCUGAUCUUCCACCACACCGAGCCGCGAGUAAUUGGCAUUCUUGACUGGGAAAUGGCGACCGUCGGACACCCGCUGUCGGACUUUUGCAACGUCACCAGCCCGUAUAUUCUAGAGGGGGCGGAUUCGUCGACGGAAUCGUUCCAGCCCGGGCGGACGCCGGGUCUGCCAUCGCGUGAGGAAUGCAUGCGUUGGUACCAUGAGGUGUCUGGAUACGAUCCUGUGGGCGAUAUUGUUUGGGGAGAUGCAUUUUUUGCUUUCCGAGGCUCCGUCAUCAUGCAGGGCAUUGCGGCCCGGUUCGCGGCGCGACAGGCUAGCAGUGCGAGGGCGAGCGAUUACGGGAGUCGGGCCAAGCCGUUUGCUCUUAGCGCCUGGCACCGCGUGCAACAGGUGCAACAGAAGGGUAAGUUGUAA